GAAUUAUUUUCAAGAACUACGUUGCAAAUAAAGAUGGGCAGAUGACGGCAAUUCUCAGAAAAUUGUGUGCGUUUCAGGAACAUUUUGGAGUAAACUGCGGCUGAAAAUUCAUGCAGAAACGAGACACUUCUUUGGACUAAUCGCGAGACUCACCCCUUCACAAUCAAGCUGGACAAUAACCGGACUAUCGCAUCAUCACCACACCUGCCUACCGCUUCAACAUCAUCACCCCAACCCUGAUCAAGAUGAGCAAUCUUCCACAAGGGCAUCACCAACAGCCUUUACCCCCGAGCUCAGACACCCCUCCAACAACCCAUGAGGGUCUGGUAUGCUCUCCGGUUGUGCCUGUUCCUCAGCAGCCGAGCGGAGUUCUAGAAGGGGAAGAGGUUGGGCAGGUCGGUCACAAUGGUGACAGUUUGACAAGUCCGGCAAUUGGUGAUGGUGCUUAUGACAGUGACAGGGGAAACAGUGUGACGAGUCCAGGGAGUGAGGACAGAAAGAUUUCACCUCAGAGUAGACCAGUGACAGUCAUUAAGUCCCGAACACCGAUAUCCCAACCUCAGCCGAUUGCCUAUGCAGUGAGGCCUAUGCCACAACAUCAAGUUCCGCAACAGAGAAUACCUUAUGUCGCCAAACGUGCCAUGUCCCCACAAACCCACCACCCAAUCCUGUGGCAGAACCAGGCUGCAGUUGCAGCAGCUACUGCAGCCACACAAGGAUGGACACAGUUCUUCCCUCGUCAAUCUGUGGUACCCCACGGUGGGGUGGCGCAAUCUGUUUCGCCCCAUGGAGGAGCUCGCUAUCAACCUCAGCCCCAGCCUUAUCCCGCUUACACGUCACACACGCCUCCAAGUGUGAUUCACGAAACGCUAGGAUUAAUCCUAUCUCGAGUUAGGGAGAGUAACCCGUUCUAA